CGGAGAUCAGCUGUAUUCAUGUUCAGGGGCGCAGGAGACUCCAGAGCUGCUCCAUAUAGUGGAGAAGCGCAGAUGCUGAGUGCAGAGCUGCAGAUGAAGAUGAGCUGACAGGAUGCUGGACGACUCCGAAAUUACACUAUAGCGACGCACAGGGGAACUUUGUUGCGUCGUAGUAAUUUAAGGAAAAUACUCCCUAUAGAGACAUUGGAGGUACAUGGAUUUGGCACAUGGCAGUGAAUGGAGAUGAACACGGCAGUCUUCAGUAAGUUCGACCAGCUGCGCUUUGAGGAAAGCGGACAAAAUGUUGAGAGAGGCAGCAGGAGUUAUUUAGAGCUGAUUGAUGGACAACGUUCAGAUUUACUCACAAGCCACAAAGUGAUGGAUGGCAACGACGCUCUCAAACACAGGAGAAACGGUGGAGGGAAGGUGCGACACAAGCGUCAGGCUCUUCAGGAUAUGGCUCGACCGCUGAAGCAGUGGCUCUACAAGCACCGGGACAAUCCUUAUCCCACCAAGACUGAGAAGAUACUGCUGGCUCUGGGGUCCCACAUGACCUUGGUUCAGGUGUCAAAUUGGUUUGCAAAUGCAAGGCGUAGACUCAAGAACACAGUUCGACAGCCGGACUUGAGCUGGGCCUUACGUAUAAAACUGUACAACAAAUAUGUACAAGGCAACGCUGAGAGACUGAGCAUUAGCAGUGAUGACACAACAUCAGACGAUGGGGAGAACAAUUUACAGAUGCAGGCCAGCGAAUCCGACUAUAACAGAGCCGUACACAAGAGCGUUAUUCAAGACAGCAGAGUCAAAGUGGCCCGAAGCACAGACCCCUCGGUUUGUGAUGAUUACGUGUCUCCACCGAAAUACAAGAACAGCUUGCUGAACCGCUAUCUGAACGAUUCCCUUCGCCAUGUAAUGGCCUCUGAUAAAGUUAUGGACUCUCGGAAGAGGAACCAUUCGGGAUCGUUUAGCUCCAACGAGUAUGAGGAUGAUUUUCUCUCACCCUCUUCAGAAGCUGAGGCAAACUUCACCUACCGCACAGUGACGCUGGACUGCGGCACACGCCAGAGCGAGAGCGGCGCACGUAAAGGAGGAAAUAAUGAGACCUACUGGAAAGAACUCCACGCCGCCAUGGCCCUGACCAACCUGGCUCAAGUAAAGGAGAGCUCUGCGGCGGGUACAACCAGCUGUAUCAUCCAGAAGUCUUCGCAUAUAGCGGAGAUUAAGACUGUCAAAGUGCCCAUGCAAUCCCGACAUUAGCGGCUAACAGGCUGGACUGCGGUCGUAAUCGCCAAGACUACCUGAACACUUGAGUACGUAGCCUACUUCAUGCAAUAAUUUAGCUGAAAAUUAUCCACGACAGCCUUUUCGGAUACAUGUCGAUUGACCAGCGUGCCUCUUUUAUUUUUUUAAACCACUGUCUGAUGAAAAAUGACAAUGUUUGAUUUAUGGACAGUAUAGCUAUGUUUCCAUACAAAGACGCAGAACUGGAAUAUCGCAUAAAACGUUUGCGAAUAAACUACUUUUUUCAUCCUGAGAAUCGAAGUGAAGUUAAUAAUCUAAUUGCGAGAGGAGCUCAUGCUUAUGAUUGACCACAGCUGGUCCCGCAUUAGCUAACACAUGAUUUACCAAUCAGAUGAUUCCUAACUCACCAUAAAUAACCAGUUUUAUACCUCAGUUAUCUUCGUUUUGAAGUAUCCCCCUUCCACAUCUACUCCUCCCUUUUCCUAGAUAGGGUGGCACGGCGGCCCAGUGGUUAGCACUGUUGCUUCACAGCAAGAAUGUCACUUGUUCAAGUCCAUACCUGGCCAGUCAACGUUUCUUUGGGGAGUUUACAUGUUCUCCCCAUGCUCACAAUUUCCCCUGGGUUCCCUGGUUUCCUCCUACCAUCUAACGACAUGCGACAUCAUUGAAUUGACCAAACAAAUAGGCACCACAGAUGAGCUCUUAGUCAGCAGUAUAUCUCUCCAUAGCAAUACCUAGUUCGUCAUUAGCCAAAAACAAGCAGGGGAGUUCUCGAGAGCUACCUCAGCUCAAACUCCCCUCUCGCCCUGCAAAACUGGAGAGAGCCCAGAACUCGAGGAUCUUAUGAGCUAAGGGUUCUCUCCUGGGACAGCGUGCCAAACACGCUUUAUAAUCAAUCAGCAGCUAAUUCUGAACUCUUGAAAGGAACAAAAUCGUCACUUUUUGAUCAACUGGCGGCAAAUAUUAAAAAGAAAAAUUAAGUUUGCAGCUGGGAGAAGCCACUGUUGGCCUGC